CCAGCAGCACCUGACCAACACUGACGACUGACUUCACUAACACCUCAAAUCACUCAUCAGUUUCAACCUCCACCAGGAAAAGUUCAUCUUUUGCAGGACCAAAAUCACAACCAAACAGUCACAUCAUGAUUGAGAGUGACAGAGAGCUCUCGACCAUUGCACAGGAGCUGUGGGACAGCGACACCAACAGACUCAAACCUGGAAAAGACUACAGGAUCUCCCUUCAGGGCAAAGCUGGAGACAGCAUGACUGGCCUCUAUGAGGACGACAAUGAUGGAGCAGGAUAUCCUCUGUUUACAUUUGUGGAUGAGAACACUUUCAAAAAGGAGACUUUUUUGGCCUUUAUCUCCCUGUUGGAUAACUAUGAGAGUGACACUGGUGAGCCAGAAAUUGUCACCCCCGAGGAGGUGGCAGAGAACCACAAGUUCUUGGACGCCAUCAUUCAGACUUCCACUAUGAAGAUAGCUCAUAAAUACCUGGUGGAGAAGCGCCUCUCUCCUAUGGAUGAUACAAAAUUCAAGGAGCAGCUGUACAGGAUUUGGUUUGAGCUUUAUGCGAGAAGAGGAUCCAGUAGGCCAGAUUCCUCAGGGUUUGAACAUGUGUUUGUUGGAGAGACUAGAGGAAGGCGGACUGUCAUCGGCUUUCACAACUGGAUCCAGCUCUACCUCCAAGAAAAGCUGGGGCACAUUGACUACAAAGGCUACACUGUCAGUGCAAAUUCACCCCAGCCUGAUGAGAACAAACACAUCCUGGCGCUACAGUUCAGCUGGAAGAACGGCAUAAAACCCAAGGGCAGCAUCUUCGUCGGGGUCAGCCCUGAGUUCGAGAUGGCCCUCUACACUGUCUGUUUCCUCUCCUCGCCCAACGAGCGUGUUAAAGUCCAGUUCAAUUUGUACGAUGUCGAGAUUGUUUGCCACCACUACAACCAAAAGCACAUAGGCACCACGUACCCUGUGCUCCUUAAGUACCAGAAACCUCACUAACUUGACAGG